AUGGCACUACCUACACGUGCCUUGGGCGGCACAGCAUCGAGUAUCCACGUCGGAUGCAUUGGACUAGGCCUUAUGCGCCUGACAUGGAAUGGAGAAACUGCUUCUGUGCCGGACAAGCAGGCGUUUGAGAUGAUGUUGGCGGCUGUAGAGCAGGGCGUCACUUACUGGAACAGUGCUACCUUUUAUGGUACAUCAGACCCGCUCGCCAACCUGAAGCUCCUGGGCCGUUUCUUUGCUGCCUACCCUGACCUUGCCGACAAAGUAACGAUUGGCGUGAAGGGCGGCUUCCAUGGCAUCGGCGAUUUGAGUCGUCCUGACUGCUCGGAGGCCAAUCUACGUGCCGAAUUGGCUGAGGCCCAAAAGGCCCUGGGACCGCAAAAGCGCAUCGAUAUCUACGGUCCUGCUCGUCGUGAUAUGAACACAGCCCUUGAGACAACGAUGCAGACGCUGCACAAGCUGCAGAAAGAGGGCCUCUUUUCGCAUAUCGGCCUCAGUGAGGUCAGUGCCGAUACCAUUCGUCGAUCGCAUGCUGUCGCCCCGAUCGCUACCGUGGAGGUGGAGUAUAGCCCUUUCACGCUGGACAUUGAGCAGAAUGGCGUGUUGCAAGCAUGCAAGGAGCUGGGCUUGACUGUGGUUGCGUACUCGCCUCUUGGCUGGGGUCUGCUGACGGGUGCCAAGGCGUUGGAUCUUCGGGCGUCACGUGGUAUGCUGGAGCGCUUUGAUGGUACAAACUUUGACAAAAACAAGGCACUAGCUGCGAAGUUGGAGGCGUUUGGCGCGCAAUGUGGGUACGACGCCAUUGCGCUGACCCUGGCAUGGGAGCUCAUGCAGUAUGAGAAAGUCAUUCCGAUCCCUGGCACGACCAAGACGACGAAUAUGCUGAACAACGUACGUGGUGCGUAUGUAACGCUAUCGGAGGAAGAGAAAGCUACGUUGCAGAAGCUGGUCCACGACAUUGGAGCGAACGUAGCGGGCGGUCGUUACAAUGCGUUUAUGCGCUCAUCCCUGUGUCGCUAG